UUUUAGAGAUAAAAGUCGUUUCAUCGACCAGAAAAUGUCGUCUAAUGAAGAAACGCUGACAUCUGCAACGACGUCAAUAGCUCCUACAGCCACAGUGGUAUCGGCUUUACCUAUCACCGUGCAAGCUGCUUCUCAUAAUUCGCCUGCUUUUGUUAAUUUGUCUGUUGGCGAGCUACUUCAGAAGCAGCAUCGCAUUGCAGUCGUAACAGUGGUAAGAUUUUAGAAGUUCCGAUUUUCAGUGCUCGAAGUUUUGAUAUUUGGCUCAAUCCAUUGUGAAAGAUCUACAAAAAAUUUAGCCGGCAUCAAGAACUGUGACAUCAUCAGCAGUGGGAGUAGGAAAUCGAUUUCCAAUAAAGCCGAUGACGCGCCAAUCUCUUACAGACAGUAUUACGUCACGCUCAUCAAAUUGCCCGCUAGACGCUAAUAAAUUAAAAGAAGCUACAGCAGAAACUUCGCAGCUUAAUGCUGUACGGAAGCUAAAUAUCGUUGAUGCAAUCAAGGCAGAGGGUACCUCCGAACAGUCUCAUAUGGUAGCAACAUCAGGGUCGGCAUCGAUUCUUGGAUCUGUGCAAUUGGAUGAUCUCAUACGGCAAAUUGAUCCUACCUCAAUUCUUGAUGAUCCUGUAAAAACUAUGCUCACUGAAUUUGUCGACAACUUCGUUGAUCAGGUUAUUGAACGAUCAUGUAAGCUUGCUCGUCAUCGUGGUUCGGAUACACUGGAAGCUAUAGAUGUUGAUUUUAUUCUACGACGGUACUAUAACUAUCCUACCCUUCUGAAACGUGAACCUCAAGCAAAAUCAGACAGCACGGAGAGUGCUCAAAAAAAUGCCGAAAUGGCAGCACACAAUCAACGAAUGGCAUUAAUUAAGAAAACUCUCAAAAAACCUUAAAUAUUGUCAAUGUUCAUCUUGUUUUUGUUACGAUAUAUUUUUUCUUACUGUUUCAACUUUAAUUUCAUUUUUAAAUAUUGAGACACAAACUUGAUCAUUUUCUAAACACAUCUAUGACUGUUCUUGCUUUUUUAAGUUUUUC